AUGCCCGCGCCUUGCACCGAGCACCGCAGACGACCUUGUGAGAUCCUGAAGGGCGUGGAGGACAGCAAAGCUUCCCCUUCCACCUUGGAAGACGACGGUGCGAGCUCCGCUUCGACCGAGAUUGGGGAGCUCGGGAGUGACGCUCUGGUGUCAUCCGAACGCCAGCCUGUCAAUCAAGAUCGACUCGCAUGGUUGGCGCCGUGCGAAAACCUGAUUAUCUUCGACUGGGACGACACUCUGUUCCCAACCACCUGGCUGAGGGAGCAGGGCCUCCUUGAGAAUGGGGCCGUUAUCACCCAGCAGCAAGACGAGCAGCUGCAGGCCUUGGCAGAUGUGGUAGCCGUGACGCUCGAGGUUGCGAAGAAGCGGGGUGGCGUGGCUAUUGUUACCAACGCUGAGCAGGGCUGGGUGGAAAUGAGCUGUGAGGCUAUUAUGCCCUCGCUGCGGGCGCACCUUGAAGGCGUCAGGAUCGUCUCCGCGCGUUCGCGCCACGAGAAGCAGGGCGUCUUUGCGCCGACGACGUGGAAAUGCCUCGCAUUCGAAGAGCUGGUGGACGACUUCUACAGUGCAUCUGGCAAGUCAGACAUGACCCUGCGACGCAACAUUGUCUCGCUGGGCGACUCCGAGCACGAGAUGGAGGCGCUGAUGUGGGUCGCAGCCGGCACAGAGUGCGACGCGAAGUGCCUCAAAUGGGUGCAGCAGCCUGGCCUCGAGCAGCUCCGUGAGCAGCACGAGCUGAUUGCUGGUUUGCUCGACGACGUCGUCGACCACGAUGGCAACCUUGACUAUGAGAUUGGGGCUCUGCCCGGCGUGCUGAGCUGCAGGAGGGGAGGUGCGCGCUUCGAGAGGGUGUCGCCCGUGAGCCCGGACCGCGCGAGGCGCGAGAGGCCGAGACGCGGGGCGGAUCCAGCUUUCAGGGGCCUCCAUCGCGCGGCGCAAGCGCCCCGCACGGCGAUGGACGCGCGUCCCCCGGCCCCCGCGGGGCCGCCGGUCGACCUCCUGGAGCUCGCGGGCGGCGCCUCGGGAUCCGAGGACGACCGGGCGCCCCCCGGCGCGCCGCCGCCGCCGCCCGGCGGCCCGCAGGCCUUCCGCGGGCAAGGCCUUCCGCGGUGCACCGUCGGCCCCGACGCCUCGGCCGGGGCGGCCGCCCACGAGGCCGACGGUGCACCCGGCCUCGGCGGGUGGCUGGCGCGCGCGCUGCUGGCGGAGCGGGCCGCCGUGGCGGCGCUGCUGGAGGCGAGGCACGACGCCUUGGUGCAGCAGUUCGAGCGCGGGGGCGCCCUGGCGCGCCUGGCGGGGCGCCGCCGCCCGAGCCCCGGCCGCAGCCGCACCAGCCCGGGCGCCCUCCGCGCCACCGCGCCGCCCUGCGCGCCGGCGCCGCCGGCGGCCGGCGCGGCGCCGCCCUCCGAGGGCGCCCUCGGCUGGCCGCCGCUCCCGGGAGCCCUGCAGGCGGGCGGCGUGGAGGAGGCGCGGUGGCCCGAGGCGCCGCACGGCCAGAGGCCGGAGGCGCCGCUGCCCGACUUGGCUGGGGGCCUCGCCCGCGGCAAGGGUGGUCGCAGCGUGACCUUCGUGUCCACCCCGGGCUCGUGCGCGGCUUCGCAGCGGGCCGCAGUGCCGCCAAGCCCAGCGGGCCUCAGUGCCACCAGCCCAGCUCACAGGAUGGUGCAGACGGUGUCCGACUUGUCCAGUCUGGUGUUCCUCAAGCGCGACAAGGGAGAGUCGCCCCUCGCCAGGUUCGUGUCCAGCACAGCGUUCGAGGCGGCAGGCGCGGCCGUUGUGAUCCUGCUGGCGUUCUGCAUGGCGCUGGAGUCGCAGUACGCGGGGCUGGAGCUCGGGUUCCAGCUCGGUUAUGGGGCGUAUGGCCAGCCAGCGGCGCGAUCCUGGCCCUGGGCCGUCCGCGUGUUCGAUGCGCUGAACUGGGCGAUGGGCAUGGCUUUCUGCCUGGAGCUGGCUCUCAAGCUUCUCGGGAUCGGUAUCGUGGCCACUUUGGGGAACGUCUGGGGAUGUUUCGACGCUGCGGUUACGAUGCUGUGGAUCGUGGAGACCACCCUGUCAUUCAACGAGGUUGUGGCUCACUUGGACGUCUCUUUGUUUCGGCUCGUCCGCCUGCUCCGGCUUGCACGCUUCAUUCGUCUGGUGAGGAUGAGUAAGAUCCUCGACUCCCUGUAUCUGAUCUGCACUGCUCUGGCAGGAAGCGUUUCGGCAUUGGGUUGGUCUUGCAUCAUAUUGUUCCUCGCUCAGGUCAUCGUGGCGUUCGUCUUGAACGAGACCCUCAGCGUCGUCUACUUCUACGAUGACCGUUACGACGAGGAGGAACGGAGGGAAGUGUUUGCGUACUUCGGAACAUUCUCCAGGGCGAUUCUCUCCACUUUCGAGAUGACACUGGCAAACUGGCCCCCAGUCUGCCGGCUGCUCGUUGAGAACGUGAGCGAGUGGUUCGUCCUGCCUUGCCUGGUCCACAAGCUGACCGUGGGUUUCGCGGUUGUGGGGGCCACGGUGGCGGAUUAA